AUGACUCUGAGUGACUUGAGCACCCACCACAACGGCAAACCAACACAAGAACAAAGCACAACAUCCAGCGCGCAAUCUGUCAAGCAGUUGACUGUAUGUACAUUGGAAGAAAUGAGGCGUGUCUGUGUCUUGGUUUGCACACAUUUCCUUAGUGCAUUGCUUGUACUCCUGGCUUGCUACCGAUGGAAGGAUCUUCUACCAAGUUAUGAAAGUGAAGGCUCCCUGUGGUCCAGGUCAAAGUUGUCCAAUGGCACCGCAUCUUCUGUUUCCACUACGAGUACAGCCACAACCACGUUUACUCCUACAUUUCCUCCUGCUUCUUCAUCCAAGGAACUAGAUUUCAGUGCACCUUCACUUUUUGACCCUUCCACGGUGAAUCGGGUCUAUUGGAUGCAUGUGCCAAAAACGGGGGGCAGCAUUUUCGUUGCAUUCUUCUUCCAGUUCUGCCCAGAGACCCUAGCAGCAGAGCGGGCAGCUAUUGUCCCAGGACAGCAAAUAAACAAGGACCAUCUAUAUGACAUGUGGUUGCUGAGACACUACGCACCGGAAAAAUGGUGUAACAACCACUUGACGUUCUAUAACAUGCCUUGUCCAGGAUGCCAUUAUCCAUACGAAGAACGACCCAACGAGGAAUUCUUUUCCAUGACCAUGUUUCGUGAUCCAACCGAACGACUUUGGAGUGCAUACCGAUAUGGUCACCAUGGCAGUUGGCAGCAUGACAGCAAUUCCACAUUUGACGAAUAUAUACGGGAACCCAAUAUUAUGAACUGCCAGCUCAAGAUGGUGCUGGGCCAUCACUGCUACAAACAACAUCGACAAGAAAUUGAGCACAUGGGACCGCUCGAUGUCUCACUGGCCAUUGAAAGAGUCAGCCAACCUCGUUUCUUUUUUGGGAUCACAGAACGAUGGGCCGAAAGCUUGUGUCUCUUUCAUCGCUGGUUUGGAGGGAGUGUGAUUGAAGAUAUUGAGUUUGUCAACAAUCGAAAGGGAAGAACGCAGCCUCCGGGCAACUACCGUGAUGUUGUUCCUCCACACAAAGAGCUGGAAUGGUUUGAAGGUAUAAUGCCAAUAUUUGAAGAGAGGCUCAAAGCAGCAAACUGCUUGGGCUACUCUCCACCACCGUAA